GAUCUCUGGUGUUCUUUGGGAUCUCGGGUGGGAUUUGGGGCUCCCUGGGAUGAUUUUGGGGUGGGAUUUGGGAUUUCUGGUGUCAUUUGGGAUCCCUGGAGGGAUUUGGGCUCCCCGGUGUGACUUUGGGGUGUUUUUGGUGUCCCCCCCUCCCCAGGGCGAGUCGAAGCGCAUCACCCUGGUCCUUCAACAACCGGGGGCGGCCGGGGCGGCGCCGGGGCAGCGCCACGUGGUGCUGGGCACCCUGCCCGGCAAGCUGGUGGUGCAGGGGGGCCCCGCCGGCGCCCCGGGACCCGCCAAGGCCGCGCCCGGCCCCGCCAAGGUGGUCACCAUCCAGCUGCAGGUGCAGCCGGCGCCCGGCGCGGCCGCGGCGACGCCGGCGGGGCCGCAGAAGAUCCAGCUGGUGCAGCAGGCGGGGGCGGCGCCCGUGGGCGUGGCACAGGUGCCGCAGGUGGUGGGGGCCGCCGGGCACCGGCUCACGGUGCCGCUCAAGGUGGUGCUGCAGCCGCAGGCGGGCUCGUCCCAGGGCGGCUCCACGGGGCUCUCAGUGGUCAAAGUCCUGAGCGGCGCCGAGGUGGCGGCGGUGACGGCGGCGGCGUCUCCAGCGGCGCCGCGCGGCCCCUCGGACGAGAGCCGCAAGCUGGAGCACCAGAAGAAGCAGGAGAAGGCCAAUCGCAUCGUGGCCGAGGCCAUCGCCCGCGCCCGCGCCCGCGGCGAGCAGAACAUCCCGCGGGUGCUCAACGAGGACGAGCUGCCCAGCGUCAGACCCGACGACGAGGGAGAGAGGAAGCGGCGCCGCAAAGGCCCCGGCGAGCGCGGCGGCGGCGGCGCCAAGGAGGAGAGGCCCCGGCGCGGCAAAGGGCAGGGCGGCGGCGGCAAGAGCAAGGGGCGGGGCAAGGCCAG